AUGCCGGAUCCCUUAUUUGCAAGUUCAUCUCCGCCAGAGGCAAGUACAGAAAUCGACCAGCUGGACAUAUUUUCGUCGAUCCCGCCGGUCUUUAUUCUGCCUACUCAUUUGUCAUUGGACGGAUUGCAUGAUGUUGAAAGCCGGCUCGUCAGCCACGGGGGCAAUAUCACCUAUGACAUCGCUGAAGCGGGGUUGAUUCUGGGGAGAAUCGGCCAGAAAAAACGGGCCGCAUUGGAGCUGCGCUCGCGCGGUAUCUGGACCGAGGACAUUUCGGAAUCUUUGCCCGCAGAUGAUGCCAGUUUGAAAGAUUCUCAGCCGCCUCUUAAACGAAGGCGAACAGAGCAUUAUGACAGAGCCGGGGAUGCCGAAAGCGAUCUCGUCGAUCUCAGCACCGAGUCCGAGUCCGGGUCCGAAAAAGAGAGAGUGCAAAACCGAAAUCGUCCUCUAAGACAUCUACUUCCCACGGCUAAUGAUCAAAAAAGCUCAGUUAACGUGAUCAAGCUUGAAUGGCUUGACAGCUCUAUCAAGGCCGGGAAACCCUUGCCGAAAGAGCCAUAUAUGGUUUACCAAGGUCGAAAGAGGACAGUGUCUACUGUUCCUGCGGAAGCGGAAAAUCAUUUAGGUGCCGCAAGACAAGCAUCAAGGCAAAUAAUUAAGCGCGCCAAAGGAGACGCUGCGCUGCAAUCACCGCCAGUUUCCUCUGGUAGAUUCGGUGUUCGGCGCUCGAAAGAGGCAUUUGACAGAGGAUCUUCUUCUCAAAGACAACCCCCAACUUUAUACCGUCAGACAACCUCUGAGCACGACGAACCCACGCCACCACCACCUGUUCCAGAUUGGGUGCGCGACCAGGUUCUAUACGCAUGCCUGCGCUCUGCGCCCCUGCACCCCACAAACGAGAAAUUCAUUUCACAACUCGAAAAGAUCCGCCGCAUUCGAGAGCUCACUCUUGAUGAUAUUGGAGUGCGGGCGUAUAGUACGUCAAUUGCCGCACUCGCCUCGUAUCCCCACCCUAUUCAUAGACCAAACGAUAUCAUCGCCUUGCCCGGUUGCGAUGUGAAGAUUGCGAACCUCUUUGCCGAGUUUCAGCAGCAUGGUGGUGGCAGUCAUACCGAAGAUAAUGGAACGGUUUCUGCCGCAGAUGCUCUCGACACGGAUCCGGCGUUGCGCGUUUUGCACACUUUCUAUAAGAUUUGGGGCGUUGGUGCCAAAACUGCACGAGAGUUCUAUUAUCACCGGGGCUGGCGCGAUCUCGAUGAUAUUGUCGAACACGGCUGGGAUUCUCUUUCUCGUGUGCAGCAAAUAGGAGUCAAAUUUUACGACGAAUUUCUGGCCGGUGUUUCUCGCCCUGAAUCGGAAAGCAUUGUUGCUGUCAUCCGCCGGCAUGCAAAUCUUGUUCGCCCCGAUGCCGGUAAUGAUAUUGACUGUAUUAUUGUCGGUGGAUAUCGUCGAGGAAAAGUCAUCAGUGGUGACGUGGAUAUCAUGAUAACUCACCGCGAUGAUGCGGUAACGCGAAAUCUCGUCGUUGAUAUCGUUGCCAGUCUCGAGAAGGAGCACUACGUCACCCACACUCUCGCCUUGAACCUCACUUCCUCGCACCGCGAGCAGCAGACCAUUCCCUUUCGCGGCGAUAGUUCCGGAAAACAGUUUGACAGCCUCGACAAGGCCUUAGUGGUCUGGCAAGACCCGCACUUCGACAUCGGAGACGUCGAUAUCGACAAGAGCACUCUACGCAAAAAGAACCCAAACCCUCAUCGUCGGGUGGAUAUUAUCAUCUCGCCCUGGCGCACUGUCGGUUGCGCCGUGCUUGGCUGGUCCGGCGACACGACUUUCCAGCGGGAUCUACGCCGCUAUGCAAAGAAGGCCCAUGCAUGGAAGUUUGACUCGAGUGGUGUUCGAGAGCGAACAUCUGGCGGUCAGGUUGUUGAUCUUGAGCGUGGAGGAGAAACUUGGCAGGAAAGGGAGAGGUUGGUGAUGGAGGGAUUGGGAGUUGGAUGGAGGCCGCCGGAGGAGCGAUGCACACGGUAG